UUUAUGUGAAUACGGUCUUAUAGUUUGUACACUUCUCCGUAGAGCCAAACUAGGCUUUUAAAAAGCUCUCUGCUGUAAGAUUAACCGAGACCAACAAUUACCACUAGUUUACCAGUUCAUUUCGUUACAGAUGUGUCAUUUAUACAUGUAAAGCUACUUUGGUAAACGUUGUACUUUGGAUGACUUUACCAGAGAGAGUACAUAACAUCGCUCCAUAAACGCAAUAUUAAAAAUCGCGCCACUGCCAAGGGUCGCUAUAGCCUAUCGUGGAACAAGCUAAACAAAUUGGUGAGUUUCUUUUCAUUGCAAACAAUAAAGCUUAGUCGUGUUACAGCUAAGCAAGUAGGUUGAAACAGUGUGUGAUUAACAAUUAAGUGGAAAUAAACCGAUGUUUUCGUUUCAGUACAUAAUAUAUGACACAUUUAAGCCAUUUCGUGAACUAGCUAAUAUCCGAGCAUCGAUUUGUAAGUAUUUCCCCGCCUACUUCAGACGAAUAAAGAGGUCACCGAAUAAUGCUAGAUAUAGUUAUGUCUGAAACAAUGAUACGCUAAUAAAAUAUGGCAUUUAACAGUGAACAAUGGCGAAAGGAAGACCAGGAACGUACGCGCAUAGUCGUCGUCGUCGUGGAACUGUCGUGAACAGCAGUCAGACGAUGGAGGAGAUAAACUUUUUCCAAAAACUUCCACUGGAGUUGGUUCAUAUGAUUUUGGACAACCUAUCAGUGCUGGAGGUCAGUAAGCUCUGUUUAGCGUCCACACAAAUGAAUAGAUGUGUGGUGGACUAUAUCAGCACUCACGCCUGGAAAAACAAAAUGAUGCACCAUAGCUACCAUUACAUCAGUUGCCCUGAGCAGGAAUGUUUGAGUGGACAUUUCAGAGACCUGGGUGUAUUGUUCAAACGUUGUACAAUGCUGCUACCUACAAAGGAAAGGCUGAAAUGUGUCAUGUACACGUUUUCACAGGUUCCAUGCUUCUUACAGGAUAGUUGCUCACAGCCAAAUUGCAUUGGUUUCUUUAGAUAUGGAAUUUUUUUGCAGACCCUAAUUGCUGGGUGGGAUGAUCUGGAGUGCCAAAAAGUAUUCUCCUUUUUGUGUGAAGUCACCAAUUUGCUCCGUAAAAUUGAGGCAGUCACUACCAAUGGGAAACCUGGGCUGAAAUGCAAUGAAGAGCUAGAGCUUCGCUACUUCUGCCGUAAGGUUUUGCUGGACUUGUCACCGCACCCAUCAGAAUGUCGAUUUUGGCUCCUGCAGCUCCUGAGGCCCUGGCCUUUGGUCAGCCAGGCACACCUACUGUUAAUCCUAUAUGGACCACAACUGGCUACAGGCCCCAUCAGUUGGCAGGAUCUCGUGGAAGAGGUGCUGCCUCGGAAUGCUUUGGUUGACCUGGCCAAGUCCAUCAUUUUGGUCUUCAACAACCCCCAAAAUAAAAAAUCUUCCAUACAAUCAACCCUGGCCAUCUUCGAAGAGAUCACUGUAAUUCCUCAGGAAUGGCACGUGCAUAAUAUUGCUCGUCUCUUGGUGCUAUGUGGCCAUAAACUGUGCUACAUUAUCUUGGCCAACAAGGUCCAAUCUGGACAGAUCACAUCUGUUGCCACAAUAAUUGUCUUCAUUAUUCUGGUGUUUGAAAAGGACUACAAUAAAAUGAAUUGGGUGGUGAAUUUGGUGAAGCAGCUGCACAGGAGCUUCAGCAUAUCUGGGCAAAAGCUCACCUUCAUUCGCCUUCUGGAGUACAAGUGCUCAGACGUUAUGGCUCAGUAUCUUUCCACGUACGCAAAUGGAAACCGUGAUGAAAAUGGGGAAACUUUAUUGACCGCGAGUCAACUCUUGACUGCCAUUGGAAGAUUUCAUGCAAAUAUCCUGGAAGGGUUGCUUGAAUAAGGGAAGAAAGCAUAGAUUUUGCUUAGGUUGUAUUUCUUUGCUGCAUUACAAAAUAUUUAAUAUUAAAAAAAUAUAUAUAUAUUUAUUGACACAUUUAUUUAUUUGCAUUGACACUCUGUUAGUGAGGUUGUAAUGCAGUCUGUUCUUGGGUUCAGUUUAGCAGUUUCAUACUGGACUAUUGUUUUUAUGUUUGACACCCUCUCAGGGGAAGAAAAUUUGGAUUUC